UGGUUUUUUCCAACACUUUUAAAGCUUGCAAGAAAAACCUAAAAACCUAACUCAUUUGGAAGACUGAGCUUUCUUGUGACCUUCAUGAAUUUUGCAGGAAAGGACUGCACUGAUUUAAAAAAAAAGAUCUAUUAAGCAACUACUGGAAGAUGCAAUGCAUAACCUUUCUGUCAUUCAAAGUCUACUCUAUUAAAGAAUAACAUGAUGCUGUUUUAACUGUAUCAUUAGUCAAUCUCCAUGCAGCUAGUUCGAGGGUCAAUCUCACUUCUGGACUCUGCACUCGGAUAAGUGUAAAUACCCCACUGCUGACCAGGCAACCAGACUCGACACCACCACACACAGAGCUUCCGUCAUGGCCACUUUUGACGACAUCCUAGAAGAAGCCGGCAGCUUUGGCAAGUUCCAGAAGCGGAUCUUCGGCCUGCUGUGUCUGGUGUCUAUCCCCUUCCCUGGCAUCUACGUAGGUAUUGUGUUCCAGGGCUUCACCCCGGACCACUGGUGCCAUGAUCCAGGGGUGAAGCCGCUUCAGGAGCGCUGUGAUUGGACCCCACGGGAGCUGCGCAUGGUCACCGUGCCCUUACUCAACACCUCUACUGGCACCGUUCACAGCCAGUGUGAGAAGUAUGAAGUGGACUGGAAUGCCACUGCCCUCACCUGUGAUGACCUGGGUGACAACCAGCAUACCGUACUGCCCAUAACUGUCUGCAAGGAUGGCUGGGAGUACGACUAUGAAGGCAGGGAGUCCUUUGUCACAGAGUUUGACCUGGUGUGCACAGAUGCCUGGUUGGCAGAUAUGUUCCAAGCCACACUUAGUGUUGGCUUCUUAAUUGGCAGUAUUGCGACCGGAUACCUAGCUGAUAGGUUUGGUAGAAAAAUGAGUUUCCUGAUGUCCUGCCUUCUAAAUGGAAUUACAGGAAUUCUAGUGGCGAUAUCCCCUAACUACAUUGCCCUGCUGGUUUUCAGAACCCUAUACGGCUUUGGGGUUAAGGGAGGUUGGAUGGUAGCAUAUGUAUUGAUCACAGAGGUGGUAGGCGUGGAGUACAGACGGACAGCGGGGGUGGUCUUUCAGAUGUUCUUCAGUUUAGGCAUCCUCCUACUGCCUCUCGUUGCUUACCUGAUAUCCAGCUGGCGCUGGCUGCAGGUGGCCAUCACAGUGCCCUACUUCUUCUUUCUGUCAUACUUCUGGUUUGUCCCCGAGUCGCCAAGGUGGCUUCUCUCCCAGAGAAAUUCCAGCAGAGCUGUAGAGAUAACUAAGGCAAUAGCUAAAGAGAAUAAGAAGACACUCUCCAAGAACAUAGAGACACUCAAAGAUGAUUCAGAAUCCAUUGCUGCCUCUUUCAUGGACUUAAUUAGGACUCCUAACAUAAGAAAACAUACACUCAUCCUCAGUUUCAACUGGUUUACUAGUGCUGUGGUUUAUCAGGGUCUGGUUAUGCGUCUGGGAAUCCUUGGAGGAAACGUCUACGUUGACUUCCUCAUCUCCGGAAUAGUGGAGUUCCCUGCUGCUAUUCUCAUCCUCUGCACCAUUGACCGCAUUGGGCGACGGCUCCCAUUCGCAACGGCCAAUAUAGUGUCUGGAGCUGCAUGUCUUAUAGCAGCUUUCAUUCCGGAGAGUAUGUUUUCAACAGGAGUGAAAGCAUUCCUUUUAAAGAUUUUCCAUGCAGAUAUGUUCUGGUUCAAGACAGCAGUGGCUUGUAUUGGUAGACUGGGUAUCACUCUGGCCUUUGAAAUGGUGGUGUUUGUAAACACUGAAUUGUAUCCCACCUUCAUCAGGAAUUUGGGUGUAUCUGUAUGCUCCACUCUGUGUGAUGUUGGAGGAAUUGUAGCUCCAUUCCUGCUUUAUAGGCUGGCUGUCAUCUGGUUAGAGCUGCCACUCAUCAUUUUUGGAGCUCUGGCAUUUGUUGCUGGGGCAUUGGUGCUCCUGCUGCCUGAAACUAGAGGUGUACCUCUUCCCGAAACCAUUGACGACAUUGAACACCCGAACAGAAACAAAGAAGACACCGUGAAGAGUCAUCAGAUGGAGACUCUGUUGCACUCAGAUGUGGCAACUAACAAAGAGAGUGUGACUGUCUGAGUAUGGCAUUUCUGCUCAGAGAGAGAAGUAACGAUUUACUCGUUUUUUAGGAAGGUACAGUUAAAUCUGUUAGUACUUUGUAAAUUAGCUCCAAUCAGGAAUCACCACUUUUCACUACUACAACAAUGUAUGCACUAAAACAUGUCAAUAGGUACAUUUAAUAGACUUUGUAUUGGCAUAAAGUGCCUAUUCCAGGAGCUCAUGAAGUCUUUGUUGAUGUAAUGUGACUAAUAAACAGAAAUGUCACAUUUGCAACAAGUUGCUAGCUUUGUUUUGUGUCAAGUUUUGAGAAGAAAGUACAAGGUUUGUCCUUAUUAGUUUAGGAUGUCCCACUUAUCAAAUUUUAAAUUUUAUGUUUGUAUUUGACAACACAUUUAUUUUCAACACAUGGAAUUUUUAUACAUUGUUAUUUUCUUUCUGGAACAUUCUAUUCUGAGAUUACAUUUAUUGAUUCUGUGGUUUGUCUUUUGAUGAAAUACCCAACAUAUAGUGACUAUAUAAUAUUGAUCUGAUUUUUAAAAAUAUAUAUUCUAAAAAUACUCAGACCCUAUUUAUUCAUUCCUGUUUAAAGCUGCACUAUGUAAGUUUGGGGACUUGGCAACCUCUCUGGUGGAAAUAUGCAAUUGUGUGAAAUGUGUGGAAGAACAUAUGAAAUGUGGGUUGUGCUGCAUUCUAUAUCCCCGAGUGAAUUUACCCAAUAAUUUCAUGUUCAUGGAGUAUUCAAACACAUCUCGAUCGGAAAUUGGGGAUGGAAAUGUACUCAAAAGAGUUAUCUUCUGUUGUAAUCGUACCCUUAUCAGUAUAAUGUUGGAUUUACAUAUGAGACCUUUCAAACGCAGAUAUGUAUAAAAAUAAAUAUUCACAGAGUACUUUGUUAAAUGUUAGCUAUAUGACAGGUUGGUCCAUCUGACAAUAUGUCUGUUUAUCUAGGUUGUUAUCUUCAGUAUUGUGAGCAGUUUAUCUAGAAGAUACUGUUCUGUAAAACCACUAUUUGUAGUAUGAUGCAGAGUGUUAUAGCUAUCUGAAGAAACAAGAGUAUUGUAGCCCACAUUUCACGUGAUCCAAAUGUGAAGUUCACAUUUAAAACUUCUCAGCAGUCUAGUGUGUAAAGAAGGGGCUCAGGAAACUAUGCUUUGCAAGCUGUAUAAGAUUCUUUUGCUGACUGCAUAUUAUUCACAGGCCAAUUUGAGAUCAGAUUUUAAAUACAAUAAAUAAGCAGCUAGCAAUAAUGCUGUUGUUUCAGUUCAGCAUAAAACCUUUAUGACAGUACUUACAUGUCACGGAACGCUCACCUCCCGCGAGUCACAUGGUUUGGCCUGGCAUGUGAAGUGGGAGGGUAUUUGUUUGUGGCCACACCUGCAUCCUGUCUUGUCUUUAUGUAUAUAAACCCAUGUCCUUGUUUGCAGGGUGUUGGUCAUUGUUAAUGUACUUGUAGAAGUUAAUGUAGUGUGUUAUUUGCUUGUAAAACAUAACUGUCAUAACUGGUUGUCUUGAUCGUGUUAAGUGUUAAAUAUCGUUAGUGUUUAGUGUGUCUGUCUGUUGUUUGUAUAGUAUGUAAGUGCCACUUUUGUGUUUUGUUUCAUGUAAU